CUCCCACACCGCCGGCUCAUCCCAUUCUCCAUUAGCUUCUCCCUCACCCGCUAGCUAGCUCAAAUCUCUCCCUCUGCCUAAUUAUGCACUAGCCCUUAACACACAACACACAGCGAGCUUGUUCGUCACUAGCUAGCUAGCAAUUUAUCACUCGAUCCUUGCAAGAGCUCGACGCCGACCGGCAGUCGACAGCGAGCAAUGAGUAUCUCGGUGAACGGGCAGUCGUGCGUCCCGCCGGGGUUCCGUUUCCACCCCACGGAGGAGGAGCUCCUCAACUACUACCUCCGCAAGAAGGUCGCCUCCGAGCAGAUCGACCUCGACGUCAUCCGCGACAUCGAUCUCAACAAGCUCGAGCCAUGGGACAUCCAAGAGAAAUGCAAGAUCGGUUCGGGCCCUCAGAACGACUGGUACUUCUUCAGCCACAAGGACAAGAAGUACCCGACGGGAACGCGGACGAACCGGGCGACGGCGGCAGGGUUCUGGAAAGCCACCGGCCGCGACAAGGCCAUCUACAACGCCGUCAAGCGUAUCGGCAUGCGCAAGACGCUCGUCUUCUACAAGGGCCGCGCUCCCCACGGCCAGAAAUCGGACUGGAUCAUGCACGAGUACCGCCUCGAAGAUCCUUCUUCCGCCGCCGGGGCCGGGGCUGAUGCCACCGCCACCGCCAUGGUCGUCACUGCCGCCGCAUCGUCGGACACCGGCGGGGAGGACGGGUGGGUGGUCUGCAGGGUGUUCAAGAAGAAACACCACCACAAGGAGGCCGGGGGCGGAAGCGGCAAGCGCGGCGGCGGUCGAGAUGAAGGCGGCAAGGCGGCGCGCUCCUCCUCGCCGCUUUACUCCAGCGACGACGCGCUCGACCAGAUCCUGCACUACAUGGGACGGUCGUGCAAGCAGGAGCACGAGCUAUCCUCCCCUCGGCCGAGGCCUGCAGCGUCUAGGUACCUCCGCCCCAUCGAGACGGUGCUCGGUGGCCAAGGAUUCAUGAAGCUACCUCCUCUCGAGAGCCCGUCCUCCGCGGCCACCCCGCGGACGUCAACGACGACGCCGCUCGGACUCGGACUCGACAGCGGCAACCGGGAGCUGUCCGCUUGCGCCGAUGAGCUGCACUUCCCACAGCGUGACAGCGGGAUCACGGACUGGGCCAUGAUGGACAGGCUCGUGGCGUCCCACCUGAACGGCCAGCAUGACGCGUCCACGGACCAGCUUUGCUUCGACGGCGCCAGCGACGGAAAUGCAGGCGACAACGACGUCCUCGACAACGCAGCUGUCGACGGGCUGGCCUUCUACUCCGCCGCCGCAACGAGGCUGCUCGGCGGGACUGCUACGGGCGGCGCCGGCAGCAGCGACGACGACCUGUGGACCUUCGCACGAUCCGCGGCGUCGUCCGAGCGACUGAGCCACGUCUCACGGUAAAACUGUACAGUAGGCACCGCCAUGGCGAGCGAGCUGAGGGCCCGAAAGGUGGCGAGGCAGGACAGUGGACAGAAGCUGCCCUAGUACAGCAAAAAGACUACUUCAACAGCAAGAAGAAGAGAAACAAUAAAAGAGAGCUAGUGAGAUCAACAGCGAGAGAGACAGAGAUCUCAAAGGUGAUUAGAUUGGUGUGUGGGAGAAAAUUAAGCGAAAGAAAAAAGGGGAUUAAAGCGGGCAGUAAGUUGGAAUAUCACUUUCACAGUGAUCGCACCCGUCUCUUAUUGUUUAAUUAACCCUUAUGAGUACAAUAUAUGUUACUAUGAAUUAGCAUACGGCUACUUAUAAUUAUUAAGAUCGACCUACGAUAUAUUAAUUAAUUUGUAACUACUGCAUAGUUCUGUGAGGUGUGGUAUGCACAGGGUUUGUGUGAUUCUUUUUUUCUCUAAGAGAAGGUGGUAUAGCUUUUCUGCAAAAUGUUUGUGUGAUUCUUUUUUUCCAAGAGAAGGCGGUAUAACUUUUCUGCAAA